AUGGGACAGAUGACACUGGAGAGAGAGGCCCCCCUCAAGGCCUGGAGCCCCUCCGAGGGGCUCCUGGCCCUGGGGCCUGAGCGGCUGAGGCCCAUGUUGGGGAAUAUCCUGAGCAUCUCCAAUAACAACUACUACCCCAUCGCUGUGACCCAGCUGACCAUUGAGGUUCUGCACCUGUCCCUCGUGGUGGGGCAGGUCUCCAACCGCCUUCUCCUCCGCAUCGGCCCUUUGGCCAGUGAGCAGAUGUUGUAUACGGUGGCCAACAGGAUAUGGGACGAGAACACAUACAAGAUCUGUACCUGGCUGAAAAUCAAAGUCCACCACGUGCUUCUGCACAUCCAGGGCACCCUGACCUGUUCCUACCUGAGCCGUUCAGAGCAGCUGGUCUUCCAGAGCUACGAAUACGUGGACUGCCGGGGAAACACAUCCAAGCCCCACUUGCUGGUCCCUCGCCCGCCGUGACCUGUCUGCUGUCGUCGAGCUCCGGCCACCUGCCGGCCUGGUCUGUAUCUCCCACCACUCCGUGGCACCCAACAGGACGAGAGUGACUUUGCCAGAGGAAAAGCCCUGCUUUAUCAUACCCUCCCCCUGUUCACCCCCAGCAGAGGAAGCCUUCUGUGGACGUUAACUUCAUACACACACACACACACACACACACACACACACACACAGCCUCACACCCUCUCUGAUUUCCACAGGAACGGAAGCCUGGUUCUUCUCGAGGCCAGCACCAGAUAUUCCCCUUGGUCCUGAGGAAAGUCUGACCUGACAUUUCCUCAGAGCUGCCUCAGAGGCACGGAGCGGCCCCCACACUUCCGGUGCUGAGCACCUUGGUUGCCCAGCUCGUCCAGGGAAGACCUUCCUUCUGCCUGAAUGUGGAGAAAGCUUUCAUUUUGUCUGGCUUUUAAUACACGGAUCCUUUCCAAGUUC